CCGAAGUCGGCCGCCGCUCCAGGUGGUGGGCUCGGCCACCGCGACCAUGCUGCUGCGAUCCGCCUGGCGGCGGGCGGCCUCGGCGGUGACCGCGGCCCGAGGGGCGAGGCCUGCGGUGCCCACCCGGGAGCUGCGCCUGCGCGUGGCGGACCAUGCUCCCUCAGGCACAGCCGCUGCUCCGGAGGUGGAGGCAGUGCUGCGACCUCUCUAUAUGGAUGUGCAAGCUACAACUCCUCUGGACCCGCGGGUACUUGAUGCCAUGCUUCCUUAUCUGGUCAACUACUAUGGGAACCCACACUCCCGGACACACGCUUAUGGCUGGGAGAGUGAGGCAGCCGUGGAACGCGCUCGCCAGCAAGUAGCAUCUCUCAUUGGAGCUGAUCCUCGCGAGAUCAUUUUCACUAGUGGUGCUACUGAGUCUAACAACAUAGCAGUUAAGGAACUAGAGGCCGCCAUCCAGCCAGAUACCAGCCUGGUCUCCGUCAUGACUGUGAACAAUGAAAUUGGAGUGAAGCAGCCUAUUGCAGAGAUAGGGAGGAUUUGCAGUUCCAAAAAAGUAUAUUUUCAUACCGAUGCAGCCCAGGCUGUUGGAAAAAUCCCACUGGAUGUCAACGACAUGAAGAUUGAUCUCAUGAGCAUCAGUGGUCACAAAAUCUAUGGUCCCAAAGGGGUUGGUGCCAUCUACAUCCGCCGCCGGCCCCGUGUGCGCGUGGAGGCCCUGCAGAGCGGAGGCGGGCAGGAGCGGGGUCUGCGGUCUGGGACAGUGCCCACACCCCUGGUGGUGGGGAUGGGGGCUGCGUGUGAGGUGGCCCAGCAAGAGAUGGAGUACGAUCACGAGCGGAUUUCAAAGUUAGCAGAGCGGCUGACGCAGAAGAUAAUGAAGAGCCUUCCAGAUGUGGUGAUGAACGGAGACCCUGAGCAGCAUUACCCUGGUUGUAUCAACCUUUCCUUUGCAUAUGUGGAAGGGGAGAGUCUGCUCAUGGCACUUAAAGAUGUCGCCUUAUCCUCAGGGAGUGCCUGCACCUCUGCAUCGCUGGAGCCCUCUUACGUCCUUAGAGCGAUUGGCACCGAUGAGGAUUUAGCACACUCUUCUAUCAGGUUUGGCAUUGGCCGCUUCACUACAGAGGAGGAAGUGGAUUUCACGGUAGAGAAGUGUAUUCAUCACGUGAAGCGACUUCGAGAAAUGAGCCCUCUCUGGGAGAUGGUGCAGGAUGGCAUUGACCUCAAGAGCAUCAAGUGGACCCAACACUAGAAGAGUGGGCCUGACUUUGUACUAGCCUGGCCCCUCCUAUCUCAUGGACCCUCACACAGCCAGGAACCCUGUUAUACCCAGUUGGUGUCUCACGGUCAAACCUGCAUUGGUAUGUUGACUUCAGCCCGCCUCCAGGACAGAAACACAGGGAAGCUGUUUUUCCCUUGGACAUUAUUCUGAGGCAAUAGAGACAUUCACUAUGAUACUACUUCUGGACACGCCUGAGUCCUGGUGGGGAAAGCAAGAGGAACCAGAAAAGGGUUUCUGUUUAGGGACCCUCGUGCUCUAUGGACAUAUCAGUUCUCCCUCUCUGCUGCUCAGCUGGACUGGCUGCAACAACAAGAAGAAUCAACUUCAACUUAAUCUUUCACAGCUCCUGAGGAUGUAUCUCCACAUUGACUGUAGACCAAACAGUAGACUUGUUAGAUGGCUUCUCCCCUUUCUGUUCUCAUCCUCCUCAUUUGCUUUUGACCCAGUGGAGCUAGAAAUAUCUUUAUGAUUCUACCCCAUUAUUCUAAUAAUUUAUGUUUCUUUCCUUAGUAUUUGUUAAUUUGAAAACUGGAGAAAUAAAUUCCCUUUCUCUUC